GCAGUCAGUCCUCGACCUACCGCCGCGCCGCUCGCACGCGCCAUGGACGCACGCGAAUUAAAAAGUUAAAUUAAAAAAUCAAAAUGUCAUUCCGGAGGCUAGUGAGCGCGGUGAGGUCCGCGCGCGAAGCGCUCGCCCGAGGCGCCCCAAUGGCGGACAAUAUAUUAAAAAGUUUAGUUUCUGUUAUUGUUAUUUGUUGUAUUGCUGUGUCUUCGCCGCCAAGCGCUUCAGCGAAGCCGUUUACGUUGAGUUUUCCCGCGGGAUGGUCGCUGGCGGGGCUGGUCGGGAGUGUUGGGGCAAGAUCGGACGACUCGGAGCGGCCCGCGGCAGGAGUAAAGCCGUAUACGGGGAGAAGGGUUGGGAAUGACACGCUGAGAAUGAUCUACUACUACGACCAGACGGUGGCCGUGGUGGAACUGGGCCCGGAGAAGCUGUUGCUCAAUUGCGAGCUCAUCGAGACCAUUGACGAGGAAGAUACAGAGCGGCUGCUACGCCAACUGGGCCGUAUCAACCGACCUCUGGGCAUCACGUUCCCGCAGAUGAUCAAGCUCAUGAGCCAGUGCCAGCAGGUAACGCCUCGGCUUCGCAAAAAGGUGGAGGGAGUAGAAGCCCACCCGCACGUGACGUCACGCGGCGAAACAUGGCGGGAGGGAGGGGCGGCGCGCGCUCGACUGGAUAAUGGAGGGGCACAUGCCGGUCUACUAGGGGGAAGUCCACUAACAUUACUACAGGGUAUCAUACCUGGCACAAAAUGGUGCGGCACAGGCGAUAUAGCAUCCGACUACCACGACCUAGGUGCCGACCGCCGCCUGGACCGCUGCUGCCGCUCACACGACCUCUGCCCCACCAAAGUCCGAGCCUUCUCCCGCCGCUACAACCUCACCAACAACUCUUUAUACAGCAAAUCACAUUGCACAUGUGAUGACAUGCUCUUCGACUGCCUCAAACACACGAACACCUCGGCCUCGCACCUCAUGGGACAUAUUUAUUUCAACAUCGUCCAGGUCCCGUGCCUCGAGGACGCGCCAAACGGCAGGAAGUUUAGGAACGCAAAACAAGGCUUUUAGCGUAUCAGCGCCAUCUUGUGACGGUUUGAAAUUUGCAUUUCUAUUUAAGGAGUGUAAUGAAUGUAACAAGAAGUUAGAAUACCUAACAGUGGAGUUUGCUGGUAGAACAAAAAUUGAGGCAAGAAAUAUGAUUGUAAUAAAUCACUCACUUUCCAGGAAAGUUAAAAUUUCAAAGGAAUCGUCGCGCAGAAAAAGACAGAGGAUAAUGGCAUAGGUUUCUCUCUCUACUUCGCCUCAAAUAUUUAUUCUACAAGCAUAUUUCAGUGAUAUUAACAUAAACUUCUUGGACUGUAAAUAAAGACAUUUUUAACUGUGAUACGCCUGUGCCUUUACGAAUGCCCUGGAGGCAUUAUGGUGGCGCUUCAUUUCAUGUUGGUCAAGUAUUUGUGUCUUGCGUAUGCUUACAAGUGUAAGGCGACGUCAACGCCAUCUAUUUGGAACUCGAGAAACUAAAAAGUACGUCCACACCGGGCCAAAGAGCAUAUAAUCACUAAGUCACCGGGCUAGCGAAUAGGCAACGAACAUCAAACGCUAAGAAUGCAGUUGCAUAGCAAAUAUUAUUUUGAGUAAUUUCUCUACUCAGAUAAAUGGCAAAGCAACAGUAGGUACGGAAUGGUGAUUGGCACCCGUCAAAGGUCAGUUAGAUAGAUGGCGCCAGCAUAAAUUUUACCUGUCUUUAAUUUUGUACUAUAAAACUUGGCUUAAAGGGUUUGGGUUAAAAAUAAGAUUUUGACACAAUUCGUAGGGUUUAUGCAUUGACAGGUAAAGCCUAUGUUGGCGCCAUCUGUAAAAUACUUCGACCGACCACCCACAUUAUGCAGAGAAUUGAGACCAAAUAUUCGUUGACUCGGUGUGGAUACACCAACAGAAGAAUGAAGUGCUGCCGCGCUAUGCAAAAUGGUUUGACGAAUGUAUUAUCAUGGCAAUUUAGUAAUAAUUCGUUGGUUUUCAAGUGAUAUUUUCUGCCUCUAGGCAUGGAUUUAUAUUAAAUAAUCAAAUUAUAGAAAACCUUACUUGAAAAGCGAUCAAAAAAACAAUACUAAUUAUUUAUUUGUAGGAAACCAGUUGUGAACUAAACGGCACCAAAAUGACGAUUUUGUUUGAACCAAAUGAUUCAAUUUUAUUUAUUUAGUAGCACUGCAUGUAAUAGAUCAAAGGUAUUUUGUGAUUAUAAAAUAAAUGUGAAUAAAAUAUACCAAAUAAAUCUAUUUAUUUAAACA